GAAACAGCUGAUUGGUCACCUUGUCCCCGGCUCGGGCGGGGAUUAGCUGAUUGGCAGCGACGCCCCGGCACAGCCAAGCUGGAGGCCUGAAUAGCAGGAGCGGGGUCGCUGGCUGCCGCGCGGCGGAGUGUGCUUCAUGGACCAUGUGCUGCUAUGUAUGCCUGAAGUACUUGAAAUGCAAAUUUGGGGAGACUUUGCCAUCUAAAUGCUUGGCUGGAUUAAGCGCCUAAUUAGGAUGGUUUUUCAACAAGUUGGAGUAAGCAUGCAAUCGGUACUUUGGUCUGGGAAGCCAUAUGGUUCGUCUCGAAGUAUCGUAAGGAAAAUUGGUACUAAUUUGUCUCUGAUUCAGUGUCCAAGAGUUCAGUUUCAGCUUACCAGCCAUGCAACGGAACGGAGCCCCAGCCACCCAGGAGAGGAUGCUGUGGCGACUUUUGCUGAUGUUGGAUGGGUAGCCACGGAAGGAGGCGAGUGCUCAGCAAGAGUCAGAACAAAGGUCAGGUCAAGGUUACCCCUCGAGGAUGACCUUCCUUUCUUUGAGAAGCCCCUAAGUAGACAGAUAUCCUUACCAGACUUAUCUCAAGAAGAGCCUCAGCUGAAGACUACAGCGCUGGCAAAUGAGGAAGCCCUGCAGAAGAUCUGUGCUCUUGAAAAUGAACUUGCUGCUCUCAGAGCUCAGAUCGCCAAAAUUGUGACCCAGCAAGAGCAGCAAAAUUUCACUGCAGGUGACUUCAACUCUGCCACAUCCGUUCCUACACCAUCACCCCCUCCGCCUCCCCCACCACCCCUGCCUCCCCCUCCACCAGGGCUUCACCAAAGUAUAUCUGCUAUUGAUCUGAUUAAAGAACGGAGAGAGAAAAAAGCCAGUGCUGGAAAGACUUUGGUUAAGAACAAUCCAAAGAAGCCUGACAUGCCAAAUAUGCUAGAGAUCCUUAAAGAUAUGAACAGUGUAAAACUUCGAUCAGUAAAGAGGUCAGAGCAAGAUGUAAAGCCCAAGCCAGUGGAUGCUACUGACCCCGCUGCCCUCAUAGCAGAGGCUCUGAAAAAGAAAUUUGCUUAUCGAUAUCGAAGUGAUAGCCAAGAUGAAGUUGAAAAAGGAGUUCCAAAGUCUGAAUCAGAGGCUACCUCAGAGACAGUGUUGUUUGGGCCACACAUGUUGAAGACAACAGGAAAAAUGAAGGCUUUAAUUGAAAAUGUAUCAAACGCCUAACAGACAAUGAGCUGCAAAAGACUAUCCUGGUUUUGCUGUUGGUUUGUGAGGGCUAAGUUUGGCUAGUAGGAAUCAACACUACUUAGGAAAUACCAAACUUUAAUAUUCAGUGGUCUCCUUUUUAGCCUAAUUAGAGGAUUAAUGAAAGCAUGUAAGUCUGAUCUUGCUUUUAUGAGAUAGUCAGUUUGGGAGCUCUUUAUCACAUACGUGUAUUCUGACAUGUUUUUAAUGUGCAGCCAGGGUGUUCAGGUUUCCAGUCUUAAAAACAUACAGAUUUCAGAACAUAGAACAUUUGUGGAUAUUACUGCACAUUUUAAAUUCUUAACACUAAUUUAUCUGUACAAAUGUUUUAUAUGCAUCUAUUUGGGUAUAAAACAGUUGAUGUAAAAAUUAGUAAUAAAUGAUGGCAAUGAGGGUAGUUUUAUCUUCGUUUCCAGUGAUCAUUUAGUAUUCAUUGAUGGAACAGCUGGCAUAACAUAAGUUGUUGGAGUGAAAUAUUUGCCAUUGGAAUCUUCUUGCCUUGAGCACAACUUGCAUCUUAGAUUCUCUCUCACAUUUUCUGGGAGCUGGGAUUUGAGUAGGAACUGGUUGAUGGUCACGUGACUUCAGUAUAGACAGACUAGUUUCAAUAUAAUUUCUCUUAAUAAUAUGAUAGCUAAAAAAGGAACACAUUAAUUCCAAAUUAAUUUGUUCAACAAACAUUUAUUGAUCCCUAAUUUACACAAGCCCUAUGCUGAGCAUAGGAACCAAGUAACCAGCUGAUCAUAACUUGGUUUCCCAGGAAGAGUUGUCUAAAGGGAGAGAAUAAUUGAUAGUUAUAUUUCUCAUUGUAAAAAUAUUGACACUUGUUUGAAAAAGAUAGCUAUUAUUGGGAGUUUGGUUAAUGUAAGUUUGCCAUGAGGUAGUUCCACUCUCUAUGUGCUGACAAACUGGGUCUGUGAGCUUUUACGAAUCCUUAUCAGACUCUUGGGACACAUCAUAUCUGGAGAGGUGAUGCUACUCCUAUGAGUGACAAGUUGACCUUCCCGAGGUAACACCCAACUCUGCUCCCCUCGGACCCACAGUGUCCAAUAUGGUAGCCACUAGCCACAUGUGGAUAUUGAGCCCUGAAAUGUGACUAGUCUGGAUUGAAAUAUCUGUUAAGUAUAUAAUGCAUAUCAGAUUUCAAAGACUUAGUACCAAAAAAAGAAUGUAAAACAUCUCAAUAAUAACUUACAUCGACAUUUUGAAAUGACAGACUAUUUUGGAAUAAAUAUAAUGUUAUUAAAA